AUGACACGGUUUAGCCGGAACCCAAUAUCACAUCAAACCUACGUCCAUGUACAGCAAAGCCCCAAGUUCAUGCUUUACUUGAUGUUCACUAUCUUGACUCAGGGGCUGAUCGCUCUUCAAUAUCAUGGUUCUACUCCACUGCCCAAGUCCAACGACCUUGAUGCCUCAAAACACUUUGAUUUGGUUAUAUCAGGGAAGUCUGUGUUCUUACCCCCGUAUUCUGUAUUUCAGAAUAUAGCGAAGGCUACGAAUGUCGAGUACAAAGACCACAGCGUGAGUCGGGACAAGCGUGGACAGGUGGUGGGCACAAGGGCCGGCUUCCGAGGAUGCUCAGUCUGGUUCACCGGUCUCUCCGGUGCGGGCAAGACCACGCUCAGCAUGGCUUUGGAGGAUUACCUGUGCCGCCACGGCAUCCCCGCCUAUACCCUGGACGGGGAUAAUAUUCGCAUAGGACUCAACAGGAACCUCGGCUUUUCGCCUGAGGAUUGCGAGGAAAAUAUCCGUCGUGUUAGCGAGGUGGCCAAGCUGUUUGCAGACUCUGGAAUGAUCUGUUUGACUGCUUUAAUCAGCCCCUAUAGUAGGGACCGUGAUCGCGCUAGAAAGCUUCACGAAGACGCGAACCUGUCGUUUUUCGAGAUUUUCGUCAACACUCCGCUGGAGACAUGCGAGAAGCGUGAUGUGAAGGGACUUUACAAGAAAGCACGAGCUGGAAUCAUCAAGACUUUUACUGGAAUAAACGAAGAAUACCAGCCCCCACAUAAGCCUGAGCUGGUACUCAGAGCAGGGGAGCUAUCAGUAGACAACUGUGUCCAGGAGGUUGUCAAACUCCUUACCAAGUCUGGUGUAUUACCACAUGCCAUUGUCAACGGUAUCAAGGAGCUAUUUGUUGAGCCAGAAAAUGUCGCCGCUGCCAAACAAGAGGCGGAUAGUCUUCCAAAAUUAGAGAUAACUAAGCUGGACUUACAGUGGGUUCAGGUUCUAUCUGAAGGAUGGGCAACGCCGCUUUACGGCUUCAUGAGGGAGAAUGAGUUCCUUCAGUGUCAACAUUUCGGCGCCCUUUUACAAGCAUCUGUAUCCAACCAGUCCGUCCCGAUCGUCCUACCGCUGACCACAGAGAAUAAAAACCGACUUGAAGGUUGCUCUGCGUACACUUUGACCUACGAGGGACGAAACAUCGCAAUCGUCAGAAACCCUGACUUCUAUGAACACCGUAAGGAGGAGCGGAUAGCGCGGCAAUGGGGUACUACCUCACCCAACCAUCCACAUAUCAAGAUGGUUCUUGAGUCUGGUGAUUGGCUCUCUGGGGGUGACUUGGAGGUGAUCCAGCGAAUCCGAUGGAAUGAUGGUCUCGACAAGUACCGACUCACACCCAACGAACUUCGAGAAGAGCUUAAACGACGAGGAUCCGACGUAGUAUUCGCCUUCCAGCUCAGAAACCCUGUGCACAAUGGCCAUGCGCUACUCAUGCAGGAUACACGGCAACGUCUAAUUCAGCGUGGCUUCAAGAAGCCCGUUCUACUAUUGCAUCCCCUAGGGGGGUGGACCAAGGAGGACGAUGUCCCGCUCGCUGUUCGCAUGCGUCAACACUACGCGGUGCUUGACGAGGGAGGGGGGGGGGGGGCAGUACCCGACACAACUGUCCUCGCGAUAUUCCCCUCGCCCAUGAUGUACGCCGGGCCUACCGAGGUGCAAUGGCAUGCAAAAGCGCGUGUCGCUGCUGGGGUGAAUUUCUAUAUAGUCGGUCGCGACCCCGCCGGCAUGCCACACCCUGAUGAGAAGAGGGACCUGUACCACCCCAGCCAUGGCCGAAAGGUUCUCACCAUGGCGCCUGGACUUACCGAGCUCGAAAUCGUCCCUUUCCGAGUCGCUGCGUACAACACGCGGCACAAGAAGAUGGAAUUCUUCGAUCCUGAGCACAAGGAAGACUUUGACUUUAUCUCAGGGACGCGCAUGCGAGCGCUAGCGCGAUCAGGGGAGGAACCGCCGAAUGGGUUCAUGGCGCCAACAGCAUGGAACAUCCUAGCAGAAUUCUACCAGUCCGUUAAGAAUUAACAGCACCAAAACAUCUCAGCAUUAUAUCAAAAUAUCUCAAUUUUAUUUUAAUAUUAUUUCUCUAAACCUCA